AUGGCUUCAAAACAGGCUAACAAACGAUUGAUGAAAGAGCUCGUCGACCUCAACAAAUCACCACCCCCAUUCAUCAUUGCUCGUCCGAGAGAGACUGAUAUUCUCGAAUGGCAUUACAUCCUACGUGGACCACCCGACACCCCUUACGAAGGCGGAGAGUUUUGGGGUACAGUCAUCUUCCCGGCCGAAUAUCCCUUCAAGCCUCCGGCCAUCAAGAUGCUCACCCCAUCCGGCCGAUUUCAGCCUGAUCGCAAGAUCUGUACCAGUAUGAGUGACUAUCAUCCUGCCUCAUGGAAUCCGGCUUGGAGUGUGGCAACGAUCUUAAACGGGCUACUUUCGUUCAUGGUUGCUGAAGAAAUGACGACCGGAAGUGUGCGAUCAAGUGAUGGUGACCGCAGACUGUUUGCCAAACGCUCCCAUUCCUUCAACGUAGCCCAUCCGCGUUUCCGCACGAUCUUCCCUGAAUAUUCGGACCCCCAAGGGCCAAUCGAUUUGCCGAAUAUGGGUGAGGCCAAGAAGCCCUCGGCCACGAGCAGCGACGGCUCCUCGCCAGCCCCCUUGCCGAAGUCCCUGCCCAAGUCCGAUUCGGGCACAGCCCCGAUCUCGGAACGUGCCGCACAUGCGAUGGCCAAGGUUCAGCAAGGCCAAUCCCAACUCUCCGGCUCGCGUCCCUUGCUCAAGGCGGUCUUUGCCGGCCUUGGCUUGUGGAUGGUAUUGUCCUGGUUGGUCGGUUGA